CACUGUAACCCAGCUGAACUCACAUCUCCCAACAAAAUGUCCUUUAACAGCUGCUCUGGAAACUUCUCUUCCCGCACCCUUGGGAGCUAUCUACAAUACCCAGUCGCCUCCUGUGGCACUUCCUACCCCAGCAACCUGUUCUAUCGCACUGACAGCUGCUUUCCCCGCACCUGCCAGCUGGGAUCCUCUCUCUACAGUGGCUGUCAGGAGACCUGCUGUGAGCCCACCAGCUGCCAGACAUCCUGUGUGGUGUCCAGCCCCUGCCAGACGUCCUGCUACCGCCCGAGGAUCUCCACCUUCUGCAGUCCCUGCCAGACGACCUAUGCUGGGUCUCUGGGCUUUGGAUCGAGCAGCUGUCGCUCCCUGGGCUGUGGAUCCAGUGACUUCAGACCCCUGCGUUAUGGAGUCUGUGGCUUCCCCUCUGUGAGCUAUGGAUCUGGAUUCUGCCGCCCAAGCUACCUGGCUUCUAGCAGCUGCCAGUCUUCCUGUUACAGACCAACCUAUGGAUCAGCCUUCUGCAGAUCAACUUGCUGA